GUGACUGAGUACAUCAUCGCACACAUCCUCAUCAUCACCAUCCCCGGUCACCUCGAGUCCGUGCAGGCAUCGAUCAGGCUCGAGCUUAACCGCAAGAACGGGUCACUAGCUCAGCGGGCCAGAUUAGAACGGGUUAGGGCCUCGGGAUCCCCUCAGAACACUAAGGACGAGAAGAUGAUCAGCCAGAACAAGGUCACGCGCAAGAUCAGAGAGACCGGAGACCCCGACCCCAUCAAGAACGGCACCGGAGCUCUCGAACCCAUCGCGCGGACGUGCCGUAGUGCCUCGGCCGGCCUCAGGAGGAGUCUCGGAGCCCUCGAUCCCAUCGUCAGCAGUGCUACGUCGCACCUCAGAGCCCUCGGCCUCAAGAUGGCCAAAGGCGGCAAGAAGAACCAGAAGGAGCCCGGCGCCAAGAAACUCACCGAAGAGUUACUGGCACGGCGCCAGGCCAACGGUCAGGACUCGGACGUAUCCUCGGAGGCGUUCGACGGCUCAGCAUUCUUAGUCGGGCAGAGCUUCGUGCCCGGCGCGGCAGCCGCGGCAGUCAGCGGCGACGUGCAGAUG